AUGGAUUGGGCCAAUAGAAAUACCAAGUGGUCACAGAGAGAACGUAUGCAACAAGUUUCUGAUGAUGUUCUCGCUGAAAAGGUGUACUCGUCAAAAAGAACAAGAGCAGGAUACUUGGGAGCUGUUACUCGUGUUCGUGGCAAAAUUGAAACUCUAUUAAACGACCCAACUAAUGCCGAGACUGUUAGAACACUUUCCCAGCAGUAUGAUAAUUCAUGGAAAACAUUUGUGGAGUCACAUAACUACUACGUAUCUAUACUUGGCUCAGACAGCCAAGAGUUCUACCAUACCCUUCAACAGUUUGACCAGUUACACCUUGAAAAGAUUGCCUUUGUUCAGAAAAUCUCUGGAUACCUACUUGAUGCCGCAACCUAUUUUAAUGAGAUAAUCAUGGAUAACUCACACUUGCGAAGAGAACACAUAUCACCAUAUACUGAAAGUGUGGAGUCCUAUAGAUCUAAUAGUUCCAGAGGAUCGAAGCAUUCUUCAAGCUCAGUAGUACUGGAAAAAAGAGCCCAAGCUGUAAAGGCAAAU